UCAGAAAAGAAAGUCUGGAGGACAUUUCAUUGAAAAAAAACAAACCAGGAGAGUGAAGAACACAACUAGCUGUAACCAUGUCACAGUUCCUGUUUAUUUUGAUGUUUCACGCUCUGCUGAUGCUCCAGAUGUUGUUUAUUAAGGCAGAGGAAGAAUGCGCAUUAUCUGAAGUGUCAAAGCUCAAGGAAGAGAUACGCAAGCUUAAUAACAAACUGUUGGUCGGCGAGUGGAAAGUUAUGCAUCUGCGCAAUCACCGUCGCUUCAAGUUACUACCACAGGAGCACAAUAACACAUAUGAAAACAACACUGGACCUUUACCGACUUUACCGAGUACUGUGGGAACCUUAUUAGUUCAUGACAGAGAUUGUUCUGAGUUGUAUGAUAGACUCAAACCAGGAUCCGGAUUCUACAGGAUCAAACCCAAAGCGUCAGUAGAACCGUUCCUGGUGUACUGUGACAUGGAUGAUGGAGCGGGCUGGACCGUGAUUCAAAAGCGAAUCAAUGGUAAAGUUCAUUUUGACAGAAAUUGGGAGGAUUAUAAGAAUGGAUUUGGUAACUUCCAAUCAAGUAGAGAUGAAUUCUGGCUUGGGAAUGAUCAUAUUCAUGUCUUGCUUCAUGACGGUGAGAAUGUGAUGAAAAUCGAUUUGAUGGACUGGAAAGGACAGAAGUCCUACGCAAUGUAUGACGGCUUUAGAGUGUCUAAUGAAACGGAUAAGUUCCGUCUGCACUAUGGGAUGUACAGUGGUCAGGCAGGGGAUGCCCUGUCUGGAGGGGCCAAUAUGGUGGAGCAGUGGUCAGCCUCUCAUUAUGGCAUGCAAUUUAGCACCAUCGACCAGGAUCAUGAUCGCUACAUGCAGGGCAGCUGUGCUGUAGAGAACAGGGGAGGCUGGUGGUACAACAGGUGUCACGCUGCCAAUCUUAAUGGAAGGUUUUACAGAGAUGGCGAGUACAAAGCCAAGUAUGAUAACGGUGUGGUCUGGAGCACCUGGAAAGGGUUGUGGUACUCUCUCAGACACACUACCAUGAAGAUCCGACCCAGCGGCCACAUGGAUAAUGUAGGUAGCGGAGCAGGACCAGCAGAGUAAAAUGAUACUUAUACACGUUUAUACUUUACAGUAAAACUGUAUGCAUUAAAUGCUGUGGUUUAUUAUAAAACAAAAAUGGAGCAAAGUGUAUGGCAAAGCAAAGAAUCCGAAUAAGCAACAGAUCUUGGCAGAAUCAGUGGAUUUAUGUUUUCCAUUUAAAAAAUACAUCAUAAGUUGUUUAAAAUGAUUUGGAUGCAUGCAGUGUCUUUAUAUAAUACUACUUCAUAAACAACUUAUUAAAGAAGCAUCAACAUUUUGAGGUGUCACGUGCGCAAUAAACAAUUUUUUUUGUUAUCAUGCAUGUUUUUUGUCUUAUUGAUUUUCUUUUCCAGUCUAAUCCAAACUUUAAUAUUGUCCAUAAUAUGAAUUAUUAUUCUUUCAUGUGUCAUAAAAAAGUAUA